ACAUCCAUACAUGACUACUGGAAAAACCAUAGCCUUAACUAGAUGGAUCUUUGUUGGCAAAGUAAUAUCUCCGCUUUUGAAUAUGAUAUCUAGGUUGGUGAAUCUUUAGGAUCUCCAAAUGGGGUGGUCUCAGCUCACGUCCCUGGAUUUAAGUCUUGCUGAAUCCUCACCUUGAUUUGAGUCUGCAGUUCCCAUGGUGGCUUUCUCAUGAGCUUGUGUUUAUUGAGUCCAUGAUGGUCUGGCGUCAAUUAGGUAUUCUCAGCAGAGGACCUUCAUGAGAACUGGACACAGUUCCUCUGGAUUAGCUGAGUUCUGUAUCUCACCGUGGUUUUGCUUUAUGUCCAGAUAAACUCAUGAUAGUGGAAAAGAGAAGAAUCAGGAGGAGGUAGUUUACUGGGGAAAAAAUGAUUUAAAGAAAAAAAAAAAAAGGAACUUUAAACAAGGAGUAGCGUUUACAAUAGGCAGUGACAACCUUGGUUUGAAUCUUGGCUCCUCCCCUGAGUUGCUGGAAGAAAGCCCCCUCCUCGCCCCUGCCGUCAGCUACCUUACUGCAAAAAUCAGGUCAGAUUCCUGGUCUGCCUUCCAGGGUAAUUGUCAGACCAAACUGUAGAGUGUGGUCCUCAUGGAGUAACACCCAUCACUCCUCUGUCCCUCCCUCUAAGAAGGGGAAGGUGACCAUGAUGACUGGGGCCAUUUUCUGGGAUGAAGCACCCCUGAUGGAAGGGCAGGUGGGCCUCCAUGGGGGGAUCCAGCCCCACUGCUGCCCCUUGUGGUGGGAGAAAAAAGAAAAGUCCACCAGGACUCUCAGGCUGUAGGACCUUUUCUUCUGUUUCUUCAUCUGAAAAAUGGAGCCGACACUUCCUAGAGCUGAUGUGAGAGAAAAACAGGAAAGGUAUGGACAGAGCCUGCACAGAGGGUGGCUAAUGCUCAGCCCUCCAUACACUGUGGCUCUUUGCUCAGGAACCAAACAGAAAAGAAGACUGGUUUUCUGUUGUUGAUUUUUGAGUCACCAGAUCACCAGCCUUCCUGUAAAGGUCCUCCAUUGUGACAAAAGAAACUGUGCAACUAGAAAUAAUCCAGGGUAGAAAAUAGCAGCAUGCUCUCAGCCCUUCCCACAGACUUGGCCUCCAUCCAAAUGACCUUGACCACCAAGGCUGGGCCUCCUCAGGGUGAGUAUGAUUUCUCCGGGUUCAAUGCAGCAGGUGUCCCUGGCAGAAGGACCUGCAUGAACAAACCCUAGAAGCCCCGUGGAUGUGACCCUAGGCAGCAGCAAUAUGACCAGUGUGUGGUGGGGAGUUGGUGUGUUCUAGAACAUGCCACGUGCUGGUGGCAUAAGGUGAAUAAAGCAGGCAGGCUGGUGUGGAAGGUUUAUUGCAGAGACACACAAAAGGCGGCUGCAUCUGCAGAGCUGAGAACAUCUGGAUCUUGUUCACACUCAGUCAGAGGCAGACUCCUGGACCCAGGGAGCAGUUUGGGAGCAGAGAGCAAGAGGCUGCGGGAAGCUGGGCCCCACACCCAGACCAGACCUGAACUGGACAUCCUGUGGGAGGGGAGGUGUAGGAAUGUCCUGCUCAAGUCUUCAGGUCUCAGGACAGUAUAUCAGAUUUUAGGAGAGGUCACACCUCCUUCCAGCCUGACAGGAACAAGGAGCUGAAGGGAGAUCUCUGAGACCCCGCUGCUGCCACCAUGAGCUCAGAAAACCUGGGAGACCGCUCAGAUAUUGAGAUCUUUUUUGAGGAUGUUGCUGAGUGUCUCUGGGACAUACUGAGCAGAGAGGAACUGCUUCUCCUGCUGACUGAAUUCCUGAAGAAAAUUGAGGCUAAUGCUGGUUUGUCCAGGGAAGACAUGAAUGCACUAUAUGAAUAUCUGAAUGAACUGAAAAGAGACUUGGCUGGGAAGGAGCAAGAAACGCUUCCAAAAGAGCAGCUGGAUAGGAAGAGGUUUCUGAAGAAGUUUCCUCGGGUGACACAGCAGCUGGUGGAGCUCAAAAGCAAGCUCCAGGAGCUUGCAGACAAUGUCGAAAAAGUCCACAGGGACUGUACCAUCUCCAAUGUGGUGACCCACAGCACUGGCACUUUAUCUGGCGCCCUGACCAUCCUUGGCCUGGUUCUGGCACCCGUGACAGCGGGGGCCAGUGUGGCACUCUCAGCCACUGGGAUAGGGCUGGGAGCAGCGGCUGCUGUGACCGCUGUGUCCACCAGCAUCGUGGAACAUGUAAGUAGGUCAUCAGCAGAAAACAAAGCCAGUCAAUUGAUGUCAAUUGGCAUCAAGAAAUGGAAGGUGCUCCUAGAGGUACUCAAGAGUAACCCCCAAAUUGUUGACACAACAGAGAAAUUGGCAAAAGCCAAGAAACACCUUGAAAUAAAUAUACAUGCCAUGGAGACAGGUGAAGCCAACCCUGACUCUGCAGUCAAUUCAAACAUCUACCUGAGCCCUGGGAGAAUAGCAGCCCCAGCCAUCCAGCAGGUAGAGGCAGGUUUCAAAGGCACAGCUGUGGCAGUUACCAAAGGAGCCCGAAUCGCGGGGGCGGCCACUGCAGGGCUCUUCCUCCUGAUGGAUGUGGGCUUCCUGGUGAAGGAGUCAAUGCACCUGCACGAUGGUGCAAAGGCAGCAUCAGCUGAAAACCUGCGGCAGCGGGCCAGGGAGCUGGAGAAGAAGCUGGAGGAGCUCACCCGGAUCUAUGAGAGUCUGCAGGGGGACCCAACUCCACCACCCCCAGAGCAGUGAGGGUCCAGGGACACAUACAGGGUCAAGGUGCAAAGGCCCAUUGUGAGGGAAAAAAGGAGACUGAGACAAAAUUCUUGGAGCUGAGGGUUAGGAAACUGGUGUUUCUGCAGCUGAGCACAGGAGGGGAGGGGUGAAUGCAGGUGAUAGAUGGGGGAGAGAGGAGGAGCCUGGAUUAAGGGAGGAAGGGGGACUAGAGAAUGGGUGGGGGCCGAGGGAGAAACCUCGUAUUUUUUUCACCCUAUGAACUUUCUAUUUGUAUUGAGGAAUAGUCGAUUAACAGUGCUGUGAUAGUUUCAGGUGAACAGUGAAGGGACUCAGCCAUACACAUACAUGUAUCCAUUCUCCCCCUAACUCCCUUCCCAUCAGAAACCACUUACUUUGAACUAAAGACGACACUGGGUGCAGAAUACAGGGAGAGGCAGGGAAACUAGCAACGAGACACAGAAAGACAAAAGGGCUGAAAAUGGGGGAUAGUCAGAGAGGCAGGAUCACUGGGAUCCAGGGGAAGUAGCAGGGGCUGCUCUAUCGCCCUUCCCGGGGUCUGUUGCCCCAGCAAGAAGAGUCUCCCCCUGGUGGUGGCCUCUAGCCCGACUUCUCCAACAACUCAUCUUUGAUCCCAGCAUUUUAUCUUAAUUAGGCUGUGACUUCUUUUGUCUGCUUGUUUCUUUAAUUGAAGUAUAGUUGAUUCACAAUAUUCUGUUAGUUCAGGUGAACAUCGAAGUGAUUCAAUUAUACAUAAUCUAUGUAUAUAUCUGUAUUCUUUUAAAUUUUUUUCAUUACAGAUUAUGAUAAGAUACUGACUAUUAUUCCCUGUGUUAUACAUAAAGUCCUUGUUUUUUAAAUCUAUUUUAUGUAUGGUAGUGUGCAUCUGUUAAUCCCACACUCCUAGUUUACCCCUGUCUCUCUUUAGUAACAACAAGUUAUGUUUUCUAUGACUAUGAGUCUGUUUUGGUUUGUUCAUAAGUUCAUUUGGACUCUUUUCUUUUGGCCAUGCCAAGCAGUUUGUGGGAUCUCAGAUGCCCGAUGUGGGAUAAACGUGGCCAUAGCAGCAAAACCACCAAAUGCUAACCACUAGAGCACCAGGGAACCACAUAGACUAUUUCUUAGAUUCUCCAUAUAAGUGAUAUUAUGUAUCUGUCUUUUCUGCCAGACUUACUUCACUUAGUAUGAUCGCCUCUAGAUCCAUAUAUGUUACUACAAAAGGCAUUUUUACAUUCUUUUUAUGGCUGAGUCAUAUUCCAUUGUUUGUAUGUACCACAUUGUCUUUAUCCCUUCAUCUGUUGAUGGACAUUUAGGUUGCUUGCAUGUCUUGCCUAUUGUAAAUAGUGCUGCUAUGAACAUGGGGCGCAUGUAUCUUUUUGAACUGGAACUUUUUCUUUUCCAAAUAUAUGCCCUGAAGUGGGGUCAUUGGAUCACAUGAUAGCUCUAUUUUUAGUUUUUAAGGAACUUCUUUACUGUUUUCCAUAAUGGCCACACCAAUUUAUAUUCCCAGCAACAGUGUAGGAGGCUUGCCUUUUCUCCACAUCGUCUCCAAUAUUGAUUGUCUGUCGAUUUUUACUUGAUGGCCCUUGUGAUUGGUAGGGGGUGAUCUCUUAUUGUAGUUUUGAUUAGCAUACACAGAGGAUGAGAUGGCUGGAUGGCAUCACUGACUCAAUGGAGAUGAGUUUGAGUGGACUCGGGAGUUGGUGAUGGACAGGGAGGCCUGGUGUGCUGUGGUCCAUGGGAUCGUGAAGAGUCAGACACGACUGAGCGCCUGAACUGAACUGAAUGAAUAAUUAGCAGUGUUCAGCCUCUUUGCAUGUGCUGGCUAGCCAGCUGUGUAUCUUCCCUGAAGGAUGGUCUGUGUGGAACUUCAGGCAGCGGCUUCUUGACGACAGUGGUGGUGGUGGUGGCGGCAGCGGUGACGACGACUCAGGGGACGGAGCAUCUGACACGUAUCCAGGCGCCCUUUGAGUUCAGGCUGCACCGAGACCAGCGACGUUCCCGUGAAAUUCCCAGUGUUGUGUAGGAACAGAGAUUGAUUUGGGAAAAAGAGAAAGAAAGAUGAAGCAGAAGGCAUCAACAGGUCAAGGAACUAUGCGGUGUGUCAAGGAGAUCAACCAGCCUGGGGUCAACAGACAAGGCCUCUCUGACCCUCAGUUUCCUCCUCAGUUGGGGAUGAAGCAGAACAAGAUAUUCUAGGACCAUCUGCCUCUUUCCACAUUGUGUUCUACAGACUUUAGUUCAAUAAAUAUGAACUGAUUGA